AUGGACAUGUCUUCCGCCUCGGCGGACGGUAUGGCUUCUUGGAAGCCCUACCUACACACCUCGCUCUUCUCCUCGUUCAGCGAGCUGGACGAACCCUUUCUCUUUCCCACCUUUCGCAUCCGCAGCCUCGCCACAUUUCUAGCCGCUGCGCUCGUCACCUUCAUCCUCGCCCUCGCCGAACGCUUCCUCACAUACACCUCCUCCCACAAGACGACGAUCUGGCUCGGUGCGAUAGUCUACUUUGCCGCCACACUGCUGCGGUACAUGCUCAUGAUCGUCGCCAUGGGAAUGGAUUGGUUCCUGCUUCUCAGCGCCGUCUCGGGUCUCACCAUCGGCAACGCGCUAACCGAGAUGCACAAAAGCCCGAGGAAACGGAGGGUACACGAGGAACACGUCGAACUGCUCAACCAAGAAGAGAGCGAGAGCCACAAACACGAUGAUUAG